AUGGCGCGGGACUCGCGGAGUUUCUAUCGCACGACGGAGUUCAAGGUUAUCGCGUUUGCCAUCGUCAGCAGUGUCAUUUUCACGUACGGAACCAUGGAACUCUUUAUCGUGCCGGACCCGCACGACGCCGCCGAUGUCGAGCGCCCCUGCCGAAGCUCGCUUCCGGCGAACUUCACUGUCCCUGCCGCUGUGCUCAACGCCAACGGCUUCAUGGAGUUGUACCGCAGCGGCAUCUUAAGGCGUCGACGAUGCCGACGGACUGUCAUCAACCUCUUGCUGUUCCACAACGAGGUGGACUUACUCGAAGUGCGUCUACGUGAGCUGGGCAAUGCCGUGGACCAUUUCGUCGUGCUCGAGAGCACGAGGAACUUCCGGAUGCACAAACGAAAUCUGCUCCUCAAACCUCUGCUGAACACGCCGCGGUUCCAACCGUUCCGGGACAGUCUCGUCUACGACUACAACGCGGAUUACCCCGAGUUUCCCGAACACGCCGACCCUCGCUCCGUCCGCAUGGCUCUACAUCGCAUUUUCAUGGACGAGCUAAUGGCCACUUUCACAAAGUCGUUUCUGCACGUCGACGACGAUGCCUGGAUCCUGUUCACCAGCGCCGACGAGAUACCCAGCGCGUCUGUGGUCGACUUCCUGAGCCACCACGAUGGAAUACCUGACGUCGUCGCUUUCGGAUACGAGAAGAGCGUCUACAGCUUCCGAAUGCCGCAUGCGCAGGGUUUGUCGAGGGAGCGGACAGCCACUACGUGGCGCUGCCUCCGCGAUGACUUGGCUACCUCGCUGGACGCGCUUCGGUUCGCUACCGCGCAAGCGGUGGCGGAACCGUGGGCUGUGGGGACGCGUGAGGAACCGGCCGGAUGGCACUGCUCCUGGUGCCUCGGUCCAGCAGGAGUCUUGGCCAAGAUAGCGAGUGAGCCCGAGGCCAUCAACGGCUCCGUCGACGCCGAGCUCACUGAGCGCUUGAUGAGAACGGGACGUCUUUACAGCGGCGAACUCGUGGCCAGUUCCGAGCCCGCGAAAUCGCGCUUCGGCCUUCCGGCCUUCGUCAAGAAAAACCCAGGGAACUUCAAAAGCAUACUUCUUUCCAUGUCGCGAGAUCAAGCAUAG